GUGACCCCCCCACCCAGUCCCCAACCCAGUCCCCAACCCAGUCUACCCAGCAGCCCCCGCCCAGCCCGCUGCCAGGCAGCUCAGCUCAGAGAGCCGCUGGCCACGUUUCAACACACCGCUCUGUGUGUACAGAGGGACGGACGGUGGGAGUAACCGAGGAGCACCGAGCACCGAGGGGAAGAGAGGAGACAACCACACGGUGCUGGGACAGACACAUACAGCACCGAGCACCGGCUCCGUCGACAGGCAGCACGACGACAUACACCGAGCUGAAGAGGCAACACACAGCUCCACAGAGGACGUAAAAGAGACAGCUCGCCAUCGAGCACCAGAGACUGACAGUGAUCCUCAGCCAUGAUGCCCCGCUGCAGAGUGAACCUCAGCACCAUGAUUUUCCUGGUGAUCCUGCAGGGGGCAGCAGUGGUGCUGUUCUGCGGCUGGUACGUCCAGCUCAGUCCCUGCGGUUCCGCCCCCUCCAACGGCAAAGUUCACGUUCUGCUGCUGUCGUCGUGGCGAUCGGGCUCGUCCUUUGUGGGUCAGGUGUUCAGUCAGCACCCAUCUGCCUUUUAUCUCAUGGAGCCGGCUUGGCACGUGUGGACCAAACUGCAGAAGCCCGGCGCACGGUCACUCCGAAUGGCUGUAAGGGAUCUAUUACGGAGCGUAUUCCAGUGUGACUUGUCUGUGAUGGAGGCCUACAUGCCAGAUCACCACAAUGUGUCCUCCUUGUUUAUGUGGAGUCACAGUAGAGCACUGUGCUCACCGCCGGCCUGUCCUCUCACGCCACGCAGCCAGUUCAGCAACCAGACUCGGUGCUCAAAGACAUGUGAUGCUGUGGGCCUGCAGGUGGUGGAGGAGGCCUGUGGCACUUACAGUCACGUGGUACUAAAAGAAGUGAGAUUCUUUGAGCUGGAAUCCCUCUACCCACUCUUGCAGGAUCCAAGCCUGGAUAUCCGCAUCAUCCACCUGGUCCGAGACCCUCGGGCUGUGGUGCGGUCUAGAGAGGAGUCGGCCAAAGCCUUCGUGAGUGAUAACGCCGUCGUCUUGGAGCAGAGAAACAUACCAGCGGCCGAGGUGCAGUAUCAAGUCAUGCAGGAGAUCUGCCGUAGCCACGUGCGCAUUAAUGAGAGGGCCAUCGUCAAGCCCCCUCCGUUUCUAAAAGGCCGCUACAAAAUGGUUCGCUAUGAGGACGUUGCACGCAACCCACUUGAGGAGAUAAAUGCCAUGUAUGAGUUUGUAGGUCUGGAGAUGACCAGUCAGUUAGAGGAAUGGAUCUACAGGGUGACUCACGGAAAAGGCAAAGGCACCAAGAAGGAGGCCUUCAAAAUCACUUCACGGAACGCUGCUGAUGUCUCCCAGGCUUGGCGUACCACUCUGCCUCACAACAAGGUCAAACGUAUCCAGGAAGUGUGCAAAGGGGCCAUGUCAUUGCUCGGGUACAGGACGGUUAACAGUGAAAAAGAACAAAAGAGACUUGACAUAGAUCUACUAGUGCCACAGGAACCCUAUCAGUUCAGCUGGUUGCCAGCUAAAACAGAGCAUCCUAGUAAUGGUUAACAUUACAUUCUAGACACCAAGAGACUACAUUGGCCCGAAGUCUAUAUUCUUUACAGGCGUCAUUGGCUGUAUAAGUCUUUAAUGAGUGCUAACAGAGACUGACUCGUCAACUGAGGGAACACUGGCAUGUCGUCCGAGGUAAAAGCAUUGAUUUAUGACGAAUACACACCUCACACUGUCAGUGGAAUGAGAGGAUUACAAUGUGAAAGGACAGCACAGCAGUAUUGUCUGGCAAUACAUUUUGUACAGAGCCAGAGGGGCGGAUGCAAGGGCUACAAUAUACUGUAUUCCAUACAUGUUUAACUAAACUAGAAAACACAUUACCUGAUUCACUUUGCUGACAUUUUUUCCGUAUUGCCUGAAGGCUGGCUCGUGUGUAAAAGAUCAAUUUUGCAGCAAUUAUGCAACUUGGAUUGACUGCACAACCCAGCCCUUACACCUAUUAUCAAAAGAUUUUCCAAUUUGGGUGAAUUUGCGUCACAAUGUAUUUGUUAACCAGUCACAAUCUUAAUUCAGUCGGAAACUAGGGAUGCAAAUGUUGAAUUUUUUCUCCAACCGAUAACCGACCCUCGUUAACUGAUUAUUAACUGACAAGAUUAGUGUAUCGCAUGUAGCGGUGCGCCAGCUGCAGUUUAUGAGCACAACAGACAACUGAGUCAACAGUUCAACCGACUGGGAGAGUUAGCAACCAGGAUGCUGCGCGUAGUGUCCAGGAAACAUGAAGCCACUUUCCCAGUAAGUCUCCACCACAUCAUUUAGUUUAACUGCGAGGUUGUCAGCUGUGUGUCUGCCCGGCGUACCGUAAGCGACCGUGUGUGUGACGGCGGUGAGUGUGGGGUUGGGGUUGGCGUUGGCGUUCUAGAUGUGAACGUAGCUGUAGCAGUGUGUGUACAGUUUAUUUGUCGGUGAAUAAAUGCUACAACUCCUCAAGCCCAGAGCCAACUUCCUGUAUCCUGCAACUGCAGGCUCAGAGUCUCUUAAGGUGGGCUGUUAAGGUGAACCAGCUUUUCACCUUUAAGUGACGAGCUGCUCCUCUGAGUUUUGUUCAGCUUUUAAUAUUUCUUAAUAUUUCCUUUUAACCGAUAGCAUUAAUCAGUUAAAAUUCUUAAUGUCGGUUAACGGUUAAACGUUUAAUUAUUAACAUCCCUGGAAAACAUAAGGAAGUUGACGGGUAAUUAUAGGGUCUGGACAAACACACAAACAGGCUGUAUUUCUUUAAAACCAGCACUCUUAAGUAGCUUUUCCAUGUUGUGUUCACAGUUUGUGAAUCUUUCCCUGCACAAAGCGAAUGUGGUUCCUGGGUUUUGCACAGCGUAAGCAUUCUGGUGGCGACGGUAAAUUCAGCAGUGCUGCGUUCAUGCGACACAAGAAUCCCUGCAAGUUUGUUAUAUUUUGUAGAGCUGCUGUCGUCGGUCAGUGUGUACCAGAGAGAACUAAUGUGAAUUCACUCCAUUUGAAUCCACAUUGUUUGAAGCUGGGCAUCAUGCCAGUGUCCCCCUGAAGGCCUGAUCUGUCCCAACAGGAGACUGUUGAUCACUGAUGAGGAGAGGACAGCCUUAGGCACUGAGACAGCAUGUUUGUUAAUGUUAUGGAUCUGCAUCUGGGUUGGGGGAGGGGUUAGGGGGUUCAGGAAGCACACUUGCAUUGUUAGCCAGAAAACAGCAAAGGUCUGCUUAUAGAUUUAUGUACUGAAUAUGAAUCAGUGAAUCCACACUUGCACUCUCUAUUUUCAAAGUGGGUCUGUUGAUACUUCCUUUUCCCCAAAAUUCAUUUCAGUGGUCUGUGUGGUCACUGUUGGGAAAUCCUCUCCCACUGUAACUUAAUGUCAAAAUGAAUGAACCUCCACCUUAUUACACUUCAGGGACGUCUGGUUCCUGGUAUUUGACCAAAUUCAAACAUUUACUUGCUGCUACGUGAAACCCCUCAAGCGUGGCAUUGCCCAGUAUAGCUUACAGUGCAGCAGCUUACUUCGAGGAUAUUAGUCAUACAUGACUGCAGACAAUGUUAAUGUAAACUGGCCAACUGUAAAUCUGCUUCCUGAAAUACCCCAUAUCUUUAUUUAUCUUUGUUUACAGGCAUUGUUCUGGUUUUAUGGGUUGAUUAAUGAUUACACUGAUGCAAUAAAUGACUACUGCUUUGAUUAGUUUGACAAUGAUUAAGAAUCAAAACAUUUAGUCAAUAGUAGAAUGAUCACAAUCUUCAGAGCCAACGCAAAUUAACUGCUGUCAGUAGUUAAUAUAUAGAUUCUAUAGUGAGUAAUCUUCUUUCUAUAGAAAAAAUGUCAAAUCACAAUAGUUUCCCUUUGACAUGAACUUGAGCAUUGAUUUUUUUUUUUUUAUGUGCAACAUAAUGUCUUCCCCUUGUACAUUUAGGCAAACCUGAGCUGUGUCCCAGUUAUACAAUAUAUACCAAUACAACAUUGUUGGCAGUUACUAGUAUACAAGACAUCAAUGUGGAUUUGAGGUGUACUCUUAACACAUUUUAAAAUGUCAAAUUUAUAAACUUGAAGCUGCAACUAAUCAAUUUCUUUGACAAUGGCUCAGAUGUGUAAUGUGAAAGGGGGUCAUUCGUUACAGAGAGUUUAAGCGUCUUUCGGCUCAUUGUUUUAGUUUUCCGACCCGCAACUCGCCAACCUUGUUUCGAGCAGGCAGCUGUUUAAAAAGAAAGAAAAAAAUAAACUCUCACAGAUGCAGCAUGACAAAAACCGGACUUCACCGGACUUCACAACAUGUACAAUGUGGCUCUGAUGAUCUCUCAAGAGAUGAGAAUUAGAGCACAAAACAGCUCCAAAAACGCAGCUCCUCACAAAAUACUAGAACGUUCUGAGCAUUAGUGUGCAGUCUAACGUUGUUACUGAGAUUGCGCAUAAAUGUCAUAUCUUUUGGAUUCAAAACUUUCUUAAGUUCUUUACAUAGAAAAUAGUCCAUAAGCUGUAAUAGGCAACCAAGAAAGUUGAGAGAACAACUCAGAUUCAUUACAAUCCGUUCACACAUUGGCAAUACAAAGAGAUUAAUACAUGUAAAUUGUUACAUAUAGUACCUUUAAGCUUGUAUUAUUACCACAGACCUUAUUUCAGGCAUCUUAACUAAAAACCCUUUAAAAAAAACAAAAAACAUUGACUUUGAGUUUGCAACUUCUGACACACACUAUAAUAAUCAAUAAGAAAUGCUUACUGGAGACAGGUAUCUGCUAGAGUUAAGUCAUAGAUUAGAAUUCAAAAUAAUACACUGCGUCUGCUGUUUUUAAAGGGUCAGUAAGAGUUAAUACGGCUGAAGACGAGAGUAUGUGGCUGUGCUCUGUGUGUCUGGCUGAGACAUAUGGAACAUAUAGAACACAUAAAACAUAUGGAACAAAGUGUUCGCUGAGUACACUGUGUUCUCUCAGUAAGCGAGCAGAAAUGUCUCCCAGUGUGCAGAGUGUUAUAUUGGCCUGCCAGCUAUUCCACCCUUUGCAUUAAUAAAUAUCUGUUUAGUGUCUAAAAGAGAGAGAGUUGAACAGAAUGCACUCUACUAACAGUGUUUAACAGCAGUGUUAUGGGAUAAAAAUCAUCAUUAUGGGGAGUUUUUCCCCUUUUUUAAGCACACAUUAACACCAAUAGGGUUAUUUUACUCACUGAUUCUGGUACUGAAGGAGUGAUGAAAUAACUGAACACGAAUGAAUCUAGCUUCUGAACCGUGAUGCUUCAACCACAACGGGAUCGACUGUUUUCACAGUGGAAUUAAUUAAAUGUUUUGUCAACAGUCAACAUGUGUCCCUAUGCAAUGUGAAAAAUAUGAAACAGUCUCCCCUUUCUCUAAAGUUAGUUGGUAUGAAGAGUCAGUCGACAGUGUCGGUGCCUUUCAGAGGGGUUUAGCCGACAGACCUGUUCAUGUAUUUAUGCUGUGUGAAGAUGACUUAUGAAGCAGAAAUGAUAUGGUACUGAUGACUGCAAUAAAUGUUGACAUGUAA